AUGGUUCAUUAUAAACUAAUAUAUUUUAAUGUUCGCGCACUUGCUGAAGCAUCUCGACAAAUAUUUCAUUUAGCUGGAGUUCCAUUCGAAGAUGUUCGAAUUCAAAGAAACGAUCCAACUUGGGAAACAGAUAUCAAAAAAAGUUGGUUGAUAACUUAUUACUUUUUGAAAAUAGAAAACGAUUUUUAGGUACACCAUUUGGAAAAAUGCCAGUUUUGUCUGUCGAUGGAUUCGAUAUCCCACAAUCUGCAGCCAUUGCCAGAUAUCUCUCUAGAAAAUUCGGAUUUGCUGGAAAAACACCAGAAGAAGAAGCAUGGGUUGAUGCAAUUGUUGAUCAAUUUAAAGAUUUUUUCGAGGAUUUGAGAAAGUUUAUAAUUGCUAAUCGACUUGGAAAACCGGCUGAAGAAAUCGAGAAAAUUCGAAAUGAGAUCGUGAACCCAUCAAGAGACAAUUAUUUGAGAAUUAUUACUGGUAUUCUGCAAAAAUCGAAAUCUGGUUUCCUCGUUGGGGAUAAUGUUACUUUUGCUGACCUGGUUAUUGCUGACAGUUUAGUUACACUGGAGAAAAAUGGAUUUUUCAAAAAAGAAGAUUAUCCUAUUGCCGCUAAUCAUCAACUAAAAAUACACAACUUGCCAAAAUUGAAGGAAUGGAUUGAAACACGACCCGACACACAAUUGUAA